UUUGUAAACACGAUCAUUAUUCGUAUCAAGAUUUUCAUGCAAUUUCGUGUCAUUUACUAAAAGAGUUGUGUGCGCAAUCUCAUGGUCUCAGUUGCAGAGCCGUUCAACGAACCGAUAAAUUUCCCAGUGAUAAAUUUACUAUGCAGUCCAUUCUCAUUUUUCGAUAAAUCCCUAAAGACAGUGUUUUCAAAAUUUGGUGCAAGUGAUGUUGUGGUGAUGGUGAUAUAGCUAUGGUUAAGUUCAGUGCAUGGACAGCGCGAUUUGUGAUUUUGGUGAUAUUACUACAAGACAUUAGUUCCUCACCAGCUUUACCUAAUUUUGAUAUCUGGAGUGAUAUUACGACGCCGAAACAGAAUCUGAUACGAGUAGGAUUUGAAAAAGUUCAUCAGACCUUGAACAGCACGUCGUCUAGAAGCCGUUAUGGAAAAGUGUUGAAUUUCUUCCCGUUGCCCGUCGAAGAGGAGUGCUUAUCCAAGGAUGGGCGGCGCGCCGGUUUGUGCCUGAACACUUACGAGUGCAGGAUUCAAGGUGGAACAGCGCGCGGAUCUUGCGCCCUCGGCUUCGGAGUUUGCUGCGUAUUUACUGCUACAUGUGGCGGCGAAGUAGCUAAUAACAUCACAUACAUAGUUUCUCCUGGUUUUCCUGGACUUCACACUGAUCCUCCAGCCACAUGCGAGAUUAUUAUCAAACAACCGGCUGAGGAAAUUGCACAACUUCGAUUUGAUUUUGUGCAUUUUAAUAUUGGUCAACCCAAUCGUAGUACUGGUGUAUGCGAUGGGGAUCUUUUUACUAUCAGCGGUGGUGCAACGCCGGACUUUCGACUUUGUGGCCAGAACAACGGCCAGCACGUAUAUUUCGAACUGUUACCGUCGAAGAGUCGCGCCGAGAACGGCGACGUCAGACUUUCGUUUAGUAGCAUGGCUCGUAGUUUUCCUCGAAUAUGGGAAAUACGCAUGAUCCAAGUUGCGCCGGAACAACGAGCUCCCAACGGUUGCCUGCAGCUCUACACUGGAGUAAAUGGAACAAUACAGACAAUGAACUAUGCUGCAAAUGGUCGACAUCUAGCAGAUCAGAACUAUAGAGCUUGUGUGCGUCAAGAGCAGGGUAUGUGUUCCAUCGCAUAUGAACCUUGUCACGAAGGUUCCUUCAGGAUAGGGCAGCCGCAAACUACUAUGGGGCAAAUGUCACAGGCCGGUCAACCAGGAUCGGGUUCGGCCGAUGGCAUGCAGACAGCCGGAUCAUCCGAAGCGGACAUGCCAGGUGCCGAUGAAAUGCAAGGCGAAGAAGAAGCUGCUGCAGAUGAUCAAGGCACUGAAGAUGAACCUGAAGAAGAUGCGGCUGAAGAAGCCGAUGAACCUGCAGAUGAAGCAAACGAGGAAUCUGCCGCCGAAGACGAUGAAGGGUCUGGUGGAGGAGGCUUUGCUUCAUUUUUCCGUUUUCCAUCGUUCUCAUUUCCGUCAUUCUUUAGAUCAGCGAGGCAGUUUAUUCCGAUUCAAUGUACAGAUCGAAUAACGAUGCCCUGCGUGGUGGAGGAUUUUCUUAGCGCCGAAGGUGGCCAACCAUCGCCCCUGUGCGAGCCAGUUCAUUGUGGUCUGUCUCUGUGUAAUGCUGCGAUGUCGCCUUGCAGAUUGGAGUCGAGUGUUACGCCUUUUGGUAUAGGAGUUCAUUUCGGACCAGGCGAACCCGGCAAAGGCAGCCCAGAAGACAACAUAGGAGCAUGUCUCCGAUACACACAGGUGCCCUGCGCAGCUUAAAAAAAAGUCUUUAAUUUUUUACUUUAAAUGCAAAAUAAUAUAAAUUGAAAAAAUAUUUUGUCGGUUACAUAUGAAUGAGUUCAGAUGAUCAGAUUUUCUGUUGUUAGGGUGGUUUGUUACUUUGCUUAUGUUAGGAUCUUCACCUUUAGUCAGCAUUAAAUUGAGUAUUUGGUGAUGGAGGAUGCAAUGACAGCACUUCCGUCUCUCUAGGAGACACGUCUGUUUUGCCAAUAAUGUAGACCUUUAAGAUGUUAGUACUAGAAUCGGUUAUAAAUCACAAAAUUUAUAAUAUAAAAAUUGAUACGCAGUUUUUUCUAAAGAACACUGAACUGUUUUGUUGCUUUAGUUUGUUACUAUACUUAUAAGACUGGUCCACAAAAAAAAGUUGUCUGUAUUAGGUGUGCUUAUAAUUUCUGUCGUUUCCUGGCCCUUUUUACCUUAAAUAAUUAUUAAGUAUUUACUUAAUUGAUCUAUUAAUCCUUUCCACUCGCGAAUUGCAGAAUUAAUAUGUAUUUUGCAGCUGGAGUGGCGACAUCAGAGUGAAAAGAGGGUUUAGUUUUUUUUUGUAGAAUACAGCAGUAAUUUGCAAACAUAUUUUCAGAUAUUCAAUUUCAAACAUAUUUACAGAAUACCCAGGGGAAAUAGGGAGUAAAUAUGUUUGCAAAUUACUGCUGAAUUAUACAAUAGAUGAUUUGAUUAAAACUUUAUAGAAAACGAUAGAAAUGAUGAGAUUUUAAUUAUAAUGCAGUAGAUCUGAUUUUGUUUUUUUUCAAUUUUUAAUUUUUUAUUUCAAUUUUUUGCCAUUUGACCCCCAAUUUUGAUUUUAGAUUCGUGUUUAGCGGUAAAAAUACUUUGGAACCACUACUUUUAUGUGGACCUGUGUUAACAUUGUUGUAUGCAAUUUUUGUUUCACACAUGGCUAUAAGAUUUAGCAAUUAUUAUAAAUUUAAGCUUUAAAUUUGUAUACCGGUGUUUUUUUACUAAAUCUAAAAUAUAUAGUUUCGUAAUAUUUAAGUAUUAUUAAAUAUUAUGUUCAUAAAAUAUAAGGUUGUCAAAUAUCUCCCUUCCGCCUUUUUGUAUUAUAAACCAAGAGCAAAAAAGCGGAAGGGAGAUAUUUGACAACCUAAUAUUAAUGAACAUCCACUGGUUUGUCAAUUAGUGAAUAAAAAAAAGAUAUCUUUGGAAAUUAUA